AGCCGCGUCGUCCCCGGGUUCGCAUUGCGCGCGCUAUUGUGUAAUAGUAGAAAUAUAUAUUAUAAUAUCAUUGUCAUUACACACGACGACCGCCCGAGAAAGCGGGAGCAACCGCCCUAAUACAUUAAUAUUACAUCCGCUGCCGUCGCGGCGGUUAACCGACAGUUGUUGCAGUCGUACGCGCGCACACACGGUCUCGUAUUAUCAUUAUCGCGUGUAACGUACAAACGUAUUAUUACGUGCGUGCGUGCCGUACCGUACGGUCAGUGUUUUGUUUUUUUUUUUUUUCGGGUUUGUAAUAAUAACGGUUUUUGGUUUUUGUCGAUUUCGGCGAUAACGCAAUAACAUAAUAAUAAUUGAUUUCGGACGCGCGCGGUAAAAUAAAAAAAAAAAUAACCGCCCAUAAUAAUAUCUUUAUUAUUAUUGUUAUUAUUAUGCCGCCGCCGCCACAGCCGUCGUCGAAAUUCGCGGGACAACGUGUCGUGCAGCAUCGUCGCGGAUUAUUAUCGUCCGGUUGCGGUCGCACGUUUUUCUGUUGAAAAUACAACGCCACAACAACAAUAUCUAAUCUGUUUUGCUCAAAAAGCGCUCAAGUCUACACAAACACUACUUACGUUUUCGUUUUCAUUCGCAUUGUUGUUAAAGUUACUUACUUUCACUGCCUACACCGUUUCGCUUUGUAUACCUACUAGCGUAUAAUAUCGCGGGUAAUCGUUUUGUUUUGUUUUGUUGAACCCAAAUGGAUUCGAACGCGAUGAUGAUUGAUGACGACGACGGCAGCCGACCGCCGUCGUCUAUGAUGAUGUCUACGCCGCCGCCGCCCCCGUCGUUCCACGGCGAGGCACCGCUAGCGCAACCCGACGACGAUUUGCGUACGCCCGGCGGAAUAGACGACACCACCACGGGCACAGGCUCUACCGUGUCUCCCGUGUCGCCGGUGCACAAGACGAACGCCACCAAGGCGGCCACCAUGGACGACGGCGGCGCCGCCGAAUACGUCCGGGACAUCGGCCGGGACAGCGUCAUCAUACCGCUGGUGGACAGGGACGACGGCACGCCGCCGCCGCCGCGCCAUCAGCAGCCGCAACAGCAUCAGCAGCCGCAGCAGCAGCCGCCGCAGCCGGCCGACGACCGCAACGUGCCGGUGGUCAGCAUGUCCGGCGGAGCGACGGCGGCCGCCGCGGCGGCACCGGAGUCGGCCAAAGGCGGCGGACAGGCGGAACAGCCUGCGGCGGACGGCAAGAAGGAAAAGGACAAGAAGAAGGACAAAGCCAAGAAAGACGAGCCCAAGAAAGACAAGUCUAAGUACUCGACGGCCGGGGCUGAUGGAACAACCGGAGAGGACGGCAACUCGGCCGCUGCGCAGAGGUACUCCUCCGGGGCCACCGGAUGUCCGGCCACCACGGAAUACGUGCUGCUCACCGUGCUCUGCGCCGUGCUGUUGAUCGCUUGCACGGCCGGCACCGUUUACUGGACAGUGGCGUUCCGCGGCGGAUACGACACCACGCCGGCCGCGGCCGCCGGCGGUUCGUCGUGGUUCCCGUGGCCACCGCCGAGCUUCAAGGAGAUCCUACACGUGGGCGUGUUCACCUAUCAGCUGCAAAACGGGUCUCAACAGCCUGCCGAUCAGUCCUUUUUCACCACGACCACCACGGCCCAGCCGCCCGUCUCUCAGAACGCGUCCCAGAAGAUCAGCCUGGCCGAAAGACGUUUCAACUUGCACCCCACCAUGAUGACGGCCGGAUUCGUCACCAUCACCGGAUUCUCUAUUCUCGUUUACCGAUUGGCGUCUAAGUGCACUGGACCCGGAUGCAAAACGUCUUAUCUCAAGCUGACACACUCUUUGCUGCACAGUCUGGUCGGCAUACCGUGCGUGUGCAUAGGCGCCCUCGCGGCCGCCCAGUACCACACUUCUACCCGUCUGCCACAUUUGUACACGGUGCACAGCUGGAUGGGCACUUUCACUUACUCUCUGUUCUUAGUGCAGCUGAUCUUGGGCUUGUUCACAUUCGUCGUGUUGUUGUGCUGCCGGGCCGCCACUGCCCGUUGCCGUUUGCGGUGCUUCGCACCCGUCCACGCCACCCUGGGCCUUUGCACGUUCACCCUGGCCAUAGGCACUUGUUUGACCGGAUUGCAGCAACGCGCCGACACCGUGGUCUACACGUCCAACAACGGAAACCUCAACUUGGCCGGCAUUGUCAACGAGAAACUGCACACGGCCGCCGCGGAACCCCUGGUGAUCAACUGCCUUGCCACCCUGUUCGUGCUUACCCUGGUCGUGGUAUCCUACACGGUCCGCCGCGACUCGCUGAAGAGAUACCGCAUCGGCGCCGGAGGACCGCCGUUGAUAUCUUCGGCCACCGUAAGUCCCAUGCGCGGCCCCACCGGUGCCUCGAUCAAGUCGUCGGGCUCCACCAGAAAGCUUCAGCCACCCGUUUAAGCGUCAAAUCCGCUUUUUUUCCCACCCGAAAAUAUGUAAUCCGCCUAAAAUAUAUUUCCAAACGCCGCGAUUCCUCUGCCAUUCUUCCAUUUUUUUAGUCUAUAAAGUUUCCAUUUUAUACAUAAUUAUUAUAUUAUUAUAUAUUCCGAACAUACCUACAGGGUGUAAUGCACGGUUCUACCGAGCUUCAAACGAGACAAUCUGGAUGCUCUAUAUGGGUACAAUAAAUAGUAUUUAUUUUUUUUAUUUAAUAAAAAAUUAUUUAAAAUAGAACUCGUAUAUCAUUAAAAUAUUGUUGUGCGAAACAAAUAACUUCAGAUUUGAAUUCGGGAGAAAAAAUCGUAUCGAAUUGAUAUGUAACAUGAUUUUUUUGGUAUCUAGCCACACUUGCGUCCGCCGAGUGGCCAAUGAGUGGCCAAUGAGUGGCCGGCAUGUGACCAAAACCAACAUAUGACAUGUGACACAUCACUUUGGGUUAGAAUUUUAUUCUCAAUCCAUUGGUGUCCUUAGAAUUAUUUUAUACUAAAUGAUGUGUCGCAUGUUAUUUGUUUGGCCACCCUGUGGACGUAUGUGUGGCCAGAUACCAAAAAAUCAUGUUACUACAUAUCAAUUCAACGCGAUUUUUCCUCCCGAUUUCAAGUCAGAAAUAAUUUUUUUCGCUAAACAAUUUUUAGCGAAUAAGAUACGAGUUUCGUUUUAAAUAGUUUUUAAAUUUAAAAAAAAAAAUGAAUACCAUUUAUUGUACCCAUAGAGCAUCAUGAAUGUCUCAUUUGAAGCUCGGUAGAACUUUACAUAACACCCUCUAUAUUAAACUAUUUUAAUAUAUUGUGUGAGCGAUACCCCCCCCCCCCGUACCGUGUACGCCUUAGAACUGACAUGCAUACACCCCGGAUGCCGCCAUUUUGAUUCCGUUUUGAUUUUCGACGAUGGUUUCUGACUUCGUAAUGUUGAUAUCGACUUUUUUUUUGACCGGUGAUAAAAUAAAAUAAAAUAAAAAAAUUGGUACGCACAAAAUGAACUAUUUUGUCAGAUUUUUAUCAUGGAAUAAACUAUAUUACACCGUUUUUUCCAUGACAGAAAUCAAGAUGGCGGAAUCCGCGCGGGAUCUAUAUUUGUUUUCACUAUGCGCAUAACCUCGAAUAUAGUUAGCACGACUUAACCCGACUAUAGGUACACUGGCAAGACAAGGAGUGCAAACGACCAAUUAGCUCUGAUAAUUAAAUAUACAUAUGUGUGUGAGCAUUGUUAAUACCUGGUACCCGGUUAGUACCAUUGUUAGUGCCUGGUCGAUCAGAGCUCUGUCUGUGUUGUAAUAGAAUGAACACACAAUAAUACUAUAUUGGUUUUCUAAUCGUACGCGGUACCUGCCCGCCCAUUAUUGACUACUUUAGACAAUUAACGUUAUAUUAUUAUUAUUAUAUUUUAGCGGAAUAAGGCAAAAAAAAAAAAAAAAAUGUGUUCUGACAAAAUGUCCAAAGUGACUUUUUUUUACUACAUCGAAUAAUAAGACCACCUCUUUUUUUUUCCUAACAUAAUAUAUUAAUAUUAUAUUACAACGACUUCGCUCCCGUAUGCUGCAAAAUGAUAACAUAUUUUAUCAUAACUAAUAGUGUUGAAUAAUUAUUACUGUAGUUUAGUGUAUUAUUGUAAUUUAACAAGUCCAAUCCGUUGGCGAACGUGCGUUAAAAGUACCUAUCUAAAUAAUACGUUAAUUAUUAAAAUAGAAAAUACAUGUAAUCAUAAAUCGACCAAAAAAAAAAAUUAAAUUAAAAUAAUUACAAAUUUAUUACAUUCUCGGUGUACCUAAACAUACAUUGACAAAACACCGUAUUUUAAGGAUAAUUAGAUUUAUAUAUAUACAUUUUAUUACAUUAGGUAUCUUAUUAUAAUUAUUAUUAUAGCGUUUUUAAAUUUAAUAUAGUAGUAAUAAAAAUAUAUUAUACGUUGUCUCCGGACAAACGAGUACAAUAUAAUAGCAGUCUCAAGUUUCUAUAAUUAUAAUAAUAAGUGUACAAUUAUAUAUAUAUAUAUAAAACAAAUAUUAUUACCUAUUUAUGAGAUAGCAUUUAUGUGUAGAGAGUAGAAAUGUUUUAAUUAUUGUUUUCGUUAUACCUAUAUAUAUAAAAAAAAAAAAAAAUGAAAUCUUUCCUUAUUAUUAUAUAUUUGAAUAUUAUAUAAAUAACGUUUUUUCUUACAGUAAUUAUUAUAUUAAUUAUUAUUAUUAUUGUCAUUACGAGACGGUUUUUUUUCUGGUGUGUUGUAUUAUUGUAUUAAUAAUAGAUUUUUAGCAUUUUAUUAUAAUAGUAAUAAUAAUAAUUAUACAACUAUUAGCGUUUAAAACAAGCACUCACCGACCGAGUACACCUUUCGCAAUUUUAACUCUAAUAAUCGCGUACCCAUUCGUCGUGUGUAUUAUAGAUUAAUGUAUUAUUAAUAAUAAUUAUUAUUAGUCGUUUUCUUACUACAACAUAUAUAUAUAAUAUAUACUAAGUA